AUGGAGCCGCGCCAGAAGGACGAGAAGAAGCGCAGCCGCGACGAGGAGACGAAGAAGGCGAUGGACCGGCGGAAGAUCCAGAAGUACAAGGACGACAAGCUCAAGGAGCGCAAGGAGCACACGCGCAAGGUGCUCGAGCUCCAGGCGCAGGAGAAGCGCCGGGUGCUCCUCGGGCGCCAGUCCGAGUUCCUCGGGACGCUCGAGUUCCGCAACACGCUGCCCGACAUGCCCUUCGAUGCCAAGUUCGUCACGUACCCGCAGGACCCGCAGCGCUUCAUCAAGUACAAGCCCAACCAGCUCGAGAAGGACUUUGUCUGGGACUUUUACCCCGAGCGCAACCUCGGCGUGGCCGUCGACCUCAUCGACCCGGAGAAGUACGAGGUUCCUGUGGGUGCCCAAAUGGACCCGGAAGAUGAAGCGCUCAUGAAGAUGCCCGAGAUCGUCAACGGCGCGAGCCUCACGAAGGCCAAGAUCCGCCCGCAUGUCUCGUGGCUGCGCCGUACCGAGUACAUGGCUACGGAUCUCAGCGAGGCCGUCCACGCGUUUAAAAACGAAAGCGAGCUCCAGACCGAGAUCCGCGACAAGAACCAGUCGAUGCUCCAGGUCAUCAAGGACAUUGAAGUCCGCGCGGAAGAGUCGUUUGUAAACUGCCCGACCAAGGAAACGGUCAAGCAUCCGCUCAAGAAGAACCUCAAAGCCGCCGAGGUCUGGGACGUCUUCCCGGACGAGCUCCUCUCGAGCAACGUGUACUCAAUCCUCUCGUACGACAUUUUGCCCUCGGAGGAGACGACCGACGCCAGCAUCAAGGAACGCGAAGCUCGGUCCAUCUUGCGCAACGUCGUCACGGUCUCGCAGCCUGGCAGCGACGUUCUCCUCGGCUCGGUCCUCUUCCCGUCCGCCCACGACGACAACUCGGACGACGAAGGGACGGAAAAGUUCAAGUUUUUUCGCGACUACAUUCUCAACAUCUCGCAUUUCCCCAACGACGUGCAGCAACUCAUGCUCAUGCUCAAGCCGGGUGCAUCCGCAGCCACCUACUGCGGUCUCUCGACCAACAUUAUGCUCAAGAAGACCAAGCUUGGUGGUGACGAGAAGCGCCGUCGGGGGGCUGUCGUCCACCGCCGUCCGUACUCGGAGGCGGAGGAAGAGAAGCGCCUGGAAGGCCUCAUGGCGGUUGGCGGUGUCUACGACGAAAGUCUCAACUCGCUCGUGUCGGCGCCCCGGUCGCCGGCAGCACCGCUCGGUCUCCAGGACAUUGGCAGUCCCGACGUCAGCGGCUCUGAUAGCGACUAA